CUGUAAGCAACAGAAAUGUGAUGCGAGCUGACCAUGGGGGUUAACUCAGAACAUUACCAAAAGUUGAAAUCACAACAACUCUACAUCACAAAUCAGAGUGUCUCUUAAAAUGGAUGAGAAUGGGGGAAUGUUCUCUGGAGAACAGGUAAACAAUUUGCCAUAGGAAAGGAAAUCAGAAACUUGAGUUCUAGCAGUGUCAAUGUUGUUGCUGUUUUGGGUUUGUCUUUGGCGAUUUCAAUGAUAACCCCUUCUGCCAGACUGUGCAACAAUAGAUCUGAAGAAACCUAAUUCCUGGAAUAGCUGAAGCACAGUUUGGAGAUGCCUUGGAGUAUCCGGGUGUUGAUGCCCCAGGAGAUCUGAGCAAGCUGCAGCUGCCAUGCUUCAUUUUUGGACUUCACCCUCCUCCUUCUGUCUCCUGUUCUUCCUCCUGGCUUCCAGCUCUGCCUCUGAUGAUGAUGAUACUGUGGUGGUCACCAGCAGUGGUCCUAUUAAAGGCAAAAUACUCCCAGCUGGCACUGGCUCUGUGACCGCCUACCUUGGCAUCCCCUAUGCUGAGCCCCCCGUGGGAAAAUUGCGCUUCCAGAAGCCAGUUCCACAUCAGCCGUGGAGCCAGGUCUUGGAGGCCACCACCUUUGGCAACUCUUGCCUUCAGUUAAACAUUGAACAAUUGCCAUUUGCAGAGCUAUUUGCUGCUAACACACCACUUUCAGAGGACUGCCUCUUCCUCAACAUCUGGGUGCCCCACCCACGGCCAGUCACACCAGUGCCCAUCCUCCUAUGGAUCUAUGGCGGGGGUUUUACCAUUGGCACAGCCUCUUUGGAUAUGUACAAUGGGGCCUUGUUAGCAGCUACAGAGAAUGUCAUUGUGGCCUCCAUGAAUUACCGCCUGGGGAGUCUGGGUUUCCUGUACCUGCCCCCAGAUGCCCCAGGAAACGUUGGCUUGUGGGACCAACAUCUGGCUCUGAAGUGGGUGAGUGAGAACGCAGCUGUGUUUGGCGGUGAUGCAGCCCGGAUAACUCUCCUUGGCGAAAGUGCUGGAGGAGCCGCAGUUGGUUUCCACCUGUUUUCACCGGCAAGCCAACCCCUUUUUGCCCGUGCUGCGCUUCAGAGUGGGGUUCCCAAUGCUCCCUGGGGUUGGAAGAAUCCUAAAAAUGCCCUAAGAGAUUCAGUGACAGUGAGUCGCCUCAUGGGGUGUCCUGAAGCUAACCACAGUGCUAUGGUAAGCUGCCUACAGGGGAUGGAAAUGAACAGCAAAACGUUUGCUGCCUUGCAAGCUUUCUUAUCAUUGACAACGGAUGGGGAGUUCCUCCCAGUUGAUCCCUCAAAGUGGCUGGAGAUUGGUCUUGUUCACGGCAAACCCAUUCUCGCUGGUGUCACUGCUGAUGAAGGGUCAACUAUGGUAUUUUUUAUGUAUCCUAACAUGACAUUGAAGGAUGGAAAAAUGACCCGGGAGCAGGCCCUUAAAGCAGUCAAUGGAACUUUCACAGCAGAAGCCAAAGAAGAUGUUGACCAGGAUGUGUUACAGAAGUACACUGAAGGUAGCCAUGGGCCAGAACAAUAUCGUUUGGCCAUGACUCAUUAUAUGGGAGAUUACUACUUUGUGUGCCCACUGCUUGAAUUUGCUGAGAAGGUGGGGAAAGAUAAGAACCCAGUUUAUGUUUACUCCUUCGACCACCGCAGUCCUGACUCUAUUUGGCCUGAAUGGGCGGGGACACCCCAUGGAGCUGAGGUACCUUACUUGUUUGGAAGCGUGGAAUUAGUGUUGCAAACAAACCGAUCGGAGGUGAAGGCCGCUGAAGCCGAAUUGAGCCGGCAAGUGAUGCGAUACUGGGCAGAAUUUGCCAGAAGCGGGAAUCCCACUGGGUCCAUGAGAGAUGAGGCACAGUGGCCUGUCUACAACGCCACAGAGCAGAAGUUCUUCCACAUUGGCACAGAUGUGGCAGGCCAGCUCAAACAGAUGUCGCCUAGCCCACGAUGCGAAUUCCUGAGCUCCCUGCAUUCUAAGGCCAUACAAAAAGAAAAAUCUCCAGAAGUUCCUGCUUCAUCUACUUUGGAGAAAGAUGUGAACAGUGCAACACAAACUUAGAGAGGCAGAACAGGAAAUAUCUCGCAGCAUGUGAAAAUGGAAUCUCUGAAAUGGGGGAAAUAAUGUCUUAGGAACAGUUUCAGCUGGGCCUGCUCCUUAACACAACUAUUCACAACGCAGCUGUUCAUUGGGACAAACCUGACUGGAGAAAUAAACAAAUGUUUUGAUAGGAAUUUAAUGAAAAUGUAAAUCCCGCUCAGGCAUUUGGUACUCUGGGCAACUGAGUGCAUGAAUGGGAUCUGCAGAAGACAUGGGCUCAUUUAGGGUUUCCAUCCCCAAGGAGGGAGCCACCUGCAUGGAAUCAUAGAAUCAGAGUUGGGAGGGGCCCAAGAGUCAUCUAGUCCUACCCCCUGUAAUGCAGGAAUCUAAAUCUAAAGCAUCCAUGACAGAUGGCCUAUAGGACUCCUUUAUGCUAAUGUCAGAAAUGCUAAUGUCAGAAAUGCAUCCCCUAGGCCGCAUGGCCUACCCUGUGCAUUCUGGAGAGGCUCUUCAAACGUUCAGUAUAAACAGGUAGCGAGUGCUUGAGCGGGACUGAAACUGAAAAGAAUGAAGUGAGUACAGCCUCGUUCUCUUAGAGGGCAGCUGGAUUACCCCCUUUGUCCUUGAUCACAUUCAUAGGAUUUUCCAACCACCACAAGAAGAUAUCAAGAUUAGGGAUCCUUGAAGCUUUUGUUCUGUCUGAAUUUUUCAUUGAACCAACCUAAAUGUGUCUAUCCUGGAUAAGACAUGCGGAUCAGAACACAGGCAGACUUGGGUUUACACAGUUCACUAAAUAUUGCAUACUGGGUUUCAGCUCAGAUACAUAGCAAAAUGCAUAUUAAAAAAGGGAUGUACUUAGUUGAAAUGUGUAGAUUAACUAAUUCAACUAAUUCCGCUGCCCACCUCCAUGGUGAAGGCAGAUUUCGUGAGGAAAUAUAUACGUUCAAAAAUAAUGCAAGCGUUUGGUGUUUUAUUGUGGUUAUUAUUAAUUGUUGUUGUUAUUAUUAUUAUUAAAAAGAAUGACAGGAAUGAUAGCUCAAUCUAUGCAGGUCUUUCCAGGAAGCAAGGUUCCCAGAUGUGCCAGGAGUAUAAAACAACAACAACAACAACAACAACAACAACAACAGCAGCAGCAGCAGCAGCAACAACAACCACAACAUAUUAUUUAUACCCCACCCAUCUGGCUGGGUUCCCCCAGCCACUCUGGGCGGCUUCCAACAAAAUAUUAAAAUACAGAAAUCCAUCAAACAUUAAAAGCUUCCCUAAACAGGGCUGCCUUAAGAUGUAUUCUAAAGGUCUGGUAAUUGUUGUUCUCUUUGAUCUCUGGUGGGAGGGCGUUCCACAGGUGGGUGCCACUACCGAGAAGGCCCUCUGCCUGCUUCCCUGUAACUUGGCUUCUCGUAGUGAGGGAACC